GCCACGCAAGCGCGUGACCCUCCAAGAAGCCGGUCCGCAGGACAGGGUGAGAAAUUAGGACAGCCCCAGCUCCAGAAGUUAACCCAACAGUUUGUUACCUGUCCUGCUCCUGCCUCCUGGAAAGAGGAAGGACCCAGGUGCCAGCCGGGGCAAUCCAGGAGAGGCAGCAGCUGGCUGCAGGGAAACUGCACCGCUGAUCCCACAACCAGUGCAGAGGCAACUACAAGAGAGGAAAACCAGAUGGAGAAGACCCUGGUGCCUGCCGGAUUCCUGGGGUUUUAAGCUCAGUUGCUUUGUAUUUUAAUUCUUUAUUCACACGCAUGUGAAGGGGCAGGCGGAGCAGCCCGUGAAUCCAGCAGCAGACGAUUCAGGGGGUUUCUUUGAAGCCUCUCGCUGGGCUCCUAAAAUCGAAGACGCGGGAGCCCAGAGCAGAGCCGGCUUUGCUCUACGCCCAGGCUCCUCCUGCCAGGGAGACCCGAUGAGCAAACGAGAAGCAGACUCAGCGUCUGGAAACAACCCAACCGGCAAAAGACUGGAGACAGCGUGCGGGGAGCGCUUUCCCGGAGCAGGGCGCAGGGGGCACCUGGAGCCCUGUGCUUAGCUGAGGGAGGGGAGAGAAGAGGAAGCGAAGACCGGGAGUUCAUUACCUCCUCGUUUAGUGUGGGGUGCCGGGUUUGGCCCCUGGCGAGCUCUCUCCUGGGGUCCCGGCGGGUGCGGCACUGAGGGCUGACAACCAUGGCUUUCUCCCAGGUGCAGUGUCUGGAUGACAGCCACGUCAACUGGAGGUCCAGCGAGUCCAAGCCCGAGUUCUUCUACAGCGAGGAGCAGAGGCUGGCCCUGGAAGCGCUGGUCUCCCGGGGGCCAGAGGCUUUCUAUGAGGUCCUCAAGAAGGAGAACAUCAGGGACUUCCUCUCCGAGCUGGAGCUGAAACGGAUCACGGAGACUUUGGAAAUCUAUGACCCGGGCUCCGAGUACACCUCACGGCGCGGCAGCACCCCGGGGGACAGCGAAGGCAACCCCAACAGCCAGGCAGCCGAGCAGGACAUGGCGCCGUCCUUGGAGUACUGGCCGCAGAGGUCCGACCGCUCCAUCCCACAGCUGGACUUAGGCUGGCCUGAGAGCGCCGCUUACCGGGGUGUCACUAGAGCCACGGUGUACAUGCAGCCGCCCAUCAACGAGCAAGCGCACAUCAAGGAGGUGGUGCGGAAGAUGAUCUUCCAGGCUCAGAAGGUGAUCGGUGUGGUCAUGGACAUGUUCACCGACGUGGACAUCUUCAAGGACCUACUGGAGGCAGGCUUCAGGCGCAAGGUGGCCAUCUACAUCAUCGUGGAUGAGACCAAUGUGAAGUACUUCCUUCAGAUGUGUGAGCGGGCGCAAAUGCAUGCUGGGCACCUCAAGCAUCUCCGCGUUCGAAGCACUGGGGGAACUGAGUUCUUCACCCGAUCGGCCACCAAGUUCAAAGGUGUCUUGGCCCAGAAGUUCAUGUUCGUGGAUGGGGACCGAGCCAUGUGUGGAUCCUACAGCUUUACCUGGUCGGCAGCAAGGACAGACAGGAACGUCAUCACGGUGCUCUCUGGCCAAGUGGUGGAAGCAUUCGACAAGCAGUUCCAGGAGCUGUACCUCCUGUCCCGGGGGCUCAGCCUGAAAUCCAUCCCCAUGGGAGAGGAGCCCGAGCCUGAGCCGGUGGCACUACCUUCUGCUUCACCUGUGACUCCUGCCAAUGCCGUGGUGAAGAAGCUGAUUAACCCCAAAUAUGCCUUGGUGAAGGCCAAGAGUGCAGAUCAGAUCACCAAGUCGUCCUCCGAGAAGCAGGCGACCGACAGCCAAAACCAGGUGGCCGACGGCAAAAGCAAGGCCCUUCCUGGGGCUCGGACGGCUGCCGAGCAGCAAAGUGACGUGAUGGAGCUGGCUCCGCCCAUCCACCCCGGCCUCCUGAACCUAGAGAAAGCCAACAUGUUCGACUACCUGCCCACCUGGGUCGAACCCGACCCGGAGCCAGGCAGUGAAGUCCUGGGCUACAUCAACAUCUUCGACCCCAAGAUCAAGAACGUGAAGCUGUCCCAGAUGAACCGCAUCAAGGUGUGUGAUGUGGCCCAGGCCAACGCCCAGCACAGGCAGAUGAUGCAAAGCAAGGAGCUGGAAGGCAACAAGAGCCACGGCCACGAGUCUGCUCCAGCCUCUGCAAGCCCAAGGGAGGUGGCUCCAGUCCCAAUGGAGAGAGCCCCCAUGCCUAGGACACGUCUGGAUGCGAAGGCUACUGAGAAGAAGGCAGGAGGCCCUUUUGCCAACCUGGCUGUGAGCCAGCAUCUGAGACAGCCUGAGACCCACGGCACGGAUGUGAGACCCCCUGUCCCAAAGCCAAGGACUGCCCUUGUCAGGAGCUUGACCACAAAGCACGAUGCGCUCUGCAGCAAUAGGGAAGGGGUCAGGGGGCAGCCCCAGCCCACGGGGGCAGAGCAGAGACAUGCUGAACACGAGCCGUGUGGUAAUACCCAAAUAGCUCACACCAAGGCCACCCACCAUCCACAGUCCCCGCCUGCUGCCUGCACCCAGAACGGGCUGGGAGGGGACGAGGACGACGGCGACGAGUACAUGACAUUCAGUGACCACAGCUGCUCCGAGAGCUCGGCUGCACUCAGCGGCCGCUGCUCCUUUGCCUCGUCCACCUCCGGAGAGUACUUUGAAGUGAGGGACCGCUUUGGACCGCUACGGAGGACCAACUCCGACGUCAUCCCCAAUGGCAUCAUCACACACCUGCCCCGGAAACUGAGCGACCCCCACAUCAGCCGGGGCACCUUCGUCAGCCCCCUGGGCAGCUUACCAUCGGCCAAGAAUCUCACCCUAGAAGACGUGUCCGCGAAGUGGAAAAAGGCCAUGGAGGAGAUUAGGUGUGUGUUAAGAAGGGGCAGUAGCCCGCAUCCGUUACUGGAUGGCCAUGGCCCCUAUGCUAGCAAUGCCGUGCAGGGACCACACCUCUUCCCCUACAGAUCCAGAAACCCUGCGUGCACAGGACAGGGGAAGGAGAGCAUCCCCUCGACGAGACAGGAGAAAACUCCAGGAGCCAGCAAAGGACCUGAGUUUGAAAAGACCACUGCAGCCCCAGGCAACCGGCUGUACUGGCAAAGCAAACGCUUCAGCUCCAGCAACAACCUCCUCUCACAAAGCCACCCCAGAGGCACCAGCAAAACCCUGCCCUUGCUCCCAGGAUGCCAGAGGACGGAGAAUGAAGUGAGGACUCCCCUUGGCAUCCCCUUAUCCAAACUGUCGCAGACCAAGCACCUCAAGAACAGGGCAGGGGGAGGCCCAUGGGCUGCCACUGACCCCAAGCGGAAGCCCGAAGGGACUAGGAGCCACAAGGACAAGGAUGUCGUGAGGCUAAAGCCAUUAAGGCCUGACAGAGACCAGCAUACUUAACGAAAUGAAAUGAGGGCAGCCUCGUGGAACGAUGAUGCUUCUGCCUCGGCCGUGGCUGCGUGCGUGUGCCUCAAGGAAGCUGCUCCCUGGCUCAGGUCCCCCCAGCCAACACCGAACGGGCAACAGCUGGGAAUUCCCUGGAGCAACAUCUGACUCCAGGUUUCCCUACUACCCAGACUACAGGGAUACUCUGGAGGGCUGGUGGUAUGGAUGAACGAACAGGAAGGUCACUAGGGAUGGACUGCACCCCUACGCAGAGGGCUGGCAAGAAGCCUAGGCACCAUCACAGCCCAUGGGGGAUUUUAAUUUAUAUCAGUGAAAAGGGGAUGCCGGGGGCCGUCUGAGCUACCCCGGGGCCUUACCUUUCACAGCCAAGGUGACCGCGCCAAUGACCAUGAUGAGAGUCUGCAGCGCAUCGGUGUAGAUGACAGCCGCCAGGCCACCUGCGCGAGAGAACCAGGCACAGCGUCAGGGUCUCGGUCAGGAUUGGGCCAGGGAUGGGGUUUGCGGUAACUGCACAA